UGAGGAGCCACGGGUGCGAAACGCGCACGGGUGCUCGAGUUUUCGCGUAUCCGUCAAGACCGGAGUGGUGAUUAAGUGCCGCGGUGUGUUGCACGUGUGUCGGUGUGUCGCGGUAAGAUGAGCGCGUCGACUGGCGUGCUGCCGUCGUACCAGCGCCUCGCGAACGGCGUACCGGUGCCGUUGUUCUCGAGACGGUCCUUCCGUCCUCGCGAGAAGUACCUGAUCCUUCUGGUAUUCAUGACGUUCGGUGUCGUGUGCUUCGGUGCGUUCUUCUACCUGCCGGAUUUUCGUACCGGCGGUGCCGCCGUGAACAGUGUCUACCGCGUGUACCAGAGCAUGCAGAAGGCAGGACCGGAGCUGCUGCUGCCGGUGCCACCGCGCGCCUCCGGCGACCUCAAGGACUCGCGUUCGUCCGCGAUCGGACAUCCGAACGCGGUGCCGCCGGGCCACGAGGGUAGCGAUCACCAAGACGUACACCUCGUCGAGGACAAGCAAAAGCUGCAGGCAAAAAUCAACGAGGAGUAUCAACAACAAAAGACAUUAGAGAAACCGGACAUGGGUGAAUCGCGAGUGCGUACAAGUAGUUCCUCAUCGUUGAUAGUGCACAAGGAAGAAACGGUUUUGGUGACAGUGCCACCAGCGCCUGCGGAUAAGCUGCCAUUAAUCGUCGGCGGAGAGGAUAAGGACCACAUCGCCAGACAACGAAGGGACAAAGUGAAAGAGGUGAGUCUUGGUUUAGAAAAUAUUUGCAUGACAAACUAUAAAAUAUUUGCGAAUAAACAACGACAAAUGUAG